AUGCUUCGAAGGGGCGAAAACAAUUGCAGUGCUCUAAUGCAGUUGCUCCAGUCAACUGGAGUUUCACUAGAGAUCAAGAACAAAGGUUUUCACAGAGAGGUGGAGACAACAGUUGAACUCUGGCCUGGUGCGUUCAGGGACGUCCGGGUUUUGCUUCUUUACAGUUGGCCAAGGGGCAUCUAUGUGGACCCCUACCAGCUUGCAUUCCUCAGUGAUGCAGUUAAUUGGCAGAUAUUAGUGGAUUCCACCAUUGACCUGGAGGUGCCUGCACACAAAGCUUCCACAUUUGUCACCUACGUUUAUCCGUCCUUUAGUGAGGAAACCCCUGACAAGCUCAAAGUUAGCAUCCCCAUCCAUGGCCGCUAUCACCAGCCGUCCUUUGUUGGGAAAACCGUUGAAUCCAUUGCUAUAGAACCACCGAAGCUUCUUGUACGCACUGAGGAAUGUUUACAACUCGGUAAUUUGGAGCCCCACAUGGCAACACGUGCACCGUGCAGUGCCGACAAUGCCAGCAGGUGUCUGUGGGUUCAAGUGCAACAUAAGCAGUGGCCUGGUGCCCAAACUUUGCUUUUACCGGUGGGAGACGGUUCUCUGGUGGUGCCGGUGUGCGGCGUUACAAUGGUGGUCACCAUGAUCUGCUGUUUGCUGCUUUCGAAAUAUAUGUGGAAGCAUCGAAUUUUGUAA